UGUAUCUAUAUAAAUAACGACGACAAAUAUUACUAUAGUCCCCACCCAUGGCUUCAUCUCAACUCAUUAUCUUUUCAUCUUCUUUCCUCUACCUCUUCUUCACCACCUCAUUAUAUCCAACUGCCACCUCUGCCGCUGCUACAUACUCAUCAUAUCCAACUGCCACCUCCGCCGCUGCUACCAACGGUGGAGGUGGCAGUUGGACUUUUCUCCAAAAAUCCAUAGGCAUUUCCGCUAUGCACAUGCAACUACUUCCAAACGAUCGUGUCAUUAUUUUUGACCGAACCGAUUUUGGUACCUCCAACAUCUCUUUACCCGACGGAAAAUGCCGCGAGGAUCCGCAUGAACGCGUGUUGAAGAGAGACUGUACGGCUCAUUCUGUAGAAUACGACGUUGUGUUAAAUACCAUACGUCCUCUCAUGGUGCUGACCGACGUUUGGUGUUCGUCGGGCGCGUUAACUCCUGACGGAAGCCUUGUCCAGACGGGCGGAUUUAAUGAUGGCGAACGUGUUGUAAGGGUGUUUGAUAAGUCCUGUGGCAAAUGUGAUUGGAAAGAGAUACCAUCCGGGUUGGUUAACCGGAGGUGGUAUGCUACUAAUCAUGUGUUGCCCGACGGUCGCCAGAUUGUGAUUGGCGGCCGUCGGCAGUUUAACUACGAGUUUUAUCCAAAAACGACGUCUUCGGAUAAAGCUUAUAGUUUGGCGUUUUUAGUGCAGACUAAUGAUCCGGUUAUUGAGAAUAACUUGUACCCUUUUGUGUUUCUUAACACGGAUGGGAAUUUUUUUAUUUUCGCGAAUAACCGCGCGAUUUUGUUUGAUUAUUCGCGGAACCAAGUCUUGAAAACGUUUCCGGAGAUACCCGGUGGUGAGCCGAGGAACUAUCCGAGCACCGGGUCGGGUGUACUACUUCCAAUGCGGGUUGUACAAGGGAAAGUAGCGGUGGUGGAGGUUUUGAUUUGUGGGGGUGCGCCUAAAGGGGCGUUUGUGAAUGCUAACAAUGGGAAAUUUGAUGCAGCAUUGAAAAGUUGUGGGCGGAUUAAGAUAUCCGACCCGGAACCAAAAUGGGUCAUGGAAAAUAUGCCUUCGGGUCGGGUUAUGGGCGAUAUGGUAUUGCUACCGAACGGUGAGGUUUUGAUUAUUAAUGGCGGGUCGAGUGGGACCGCCGGGUGGGAACUGGGGAGGAACCCGGUUUUUAACCCGGUAAUAUACCGACCGAAUAACGCGAUUAAUUCUCGUUUUGUUGUACAAAAGCCGAGCACGAUACCAAGAAUGUACCAUUCGACUGCAAUUUUGGUUCGAGACGGGAGAGUUUUGAUUGGUGGAAGUAACCCGCAUACAUAUUAUAAUUUUACAAACGUACUUUUUCCUACUGAAUUAAGCCUUGAGGCAUUUUCGCCAUCAUAUUUGGAUCCGGGUUCAUCCAAGAUCCGACCCAAGAUCAUUUCACCCGUAACCCAAACGAAAAUCCAAUAUGGCAAACAAAUAGUUGUGCGGUUCACGGUUCAAAACCAGGUGGUUCUGAACCGUAUCUCAGUAAUAAUGGUGGCACCUUCGUUUAACACGCACUCAUUUUCAAUGAACCAAAGGUUGUUGGUUCUCGAUGGCGGUAACACAAGGAGUGUCGGGAAACUGACAUACGAAGUUAACGCAACAACACCACCGUCUGGACACAUUGCACCACCAGGGUAUUAUAUGCUAUUUGUGGUACAUCAAGAUAUCCCAAGUGAAGGCAUUUGGGUUGUUAUAUGAGCAACGACGGAAUAGGGUAUAGAUAUACGAUUACAAAUUUACAUAUUUGUUUUGUUUCGCUUUAACACUCUAUA